AUGUUCGCGUUGCGGAUCGCGUUGGUCUGCGGCUUGGCGGUCGCCGCCACUGCUACCGCAGCCAAGCCCGGCGAGACGGUUCAAGAGAUCACGGCACUACCCGGAUGGCCCAACAACACGGCCCUGCCCAGUCGUAUGUUUAGUGGAUACACCUAUGCUGGUACCCCGCCCAAUGGCGAGGGUGACAUGUAUGCGCAUUGGCUGCUCGUCGAGAGUGAGAGCGAUCCCGCCAACGACCCUCUGGUGAUUUGGUACCAAGGUGGGCCCGGCGCCAGCUCCCUCUACGGCCUCUUGGUCGAGUUUGGCCCCUUGCUUCUUAACCAAGACAGCCUUGAUAACGACGAAUACCGCCGCACCGGCAUCCCACAGCUUGUCCGCAAUCCCUACAGCUGGAACCGCAAGGCCAACUUGUUGGUGGUUGACAACCCCCCACCCGUGGGCUUUGGCUACUGCACCCCGGCUGGGCCGGCCGGUCUCGGCACGUCCUGUGGUGAUUGGAAUGACGAGUUGGUCGCCAAGGCCAAUCAAAUCGUCCUCACCCGCUUUGUCGAGCAAAUGCCCGCCUACCGCCAACGCUCCACCUUUAUCACUGGAGAGAGCUACGCUGGCGUCUACGUCCCAGUCAUUGUGCGGGCCCUGUUGGCAGACCCCGGCAAUGUCUCCCUUUCCGGCUUUGCCGUGGGUGAUGGUUGCCUGGGUACCGAAGUUCUUUGCGGCCCCGUGGGCGGCCCCUUCUGGAACGUCGAGUUUAUGCAUGGCCACGGCCAGUUUAGCAACCGCCUCUACCGGCAGAUCACCAACACGUGCACAACCGAGGAGCUCAAGUCGGGCCACAUCAGCGCCGCCUGCCAACCCCUUCUCACGCAAAUGACUCAGGAAAUUGGUUCCUACUACAGCUACAAUCUCUACGACACCUGCUACGCGCAAAACAUCUUUGACCCUCUCCAUUCUUCUCGCUCUUACUGGAGCCGCGUGCCGCCCCUUGCCUCGCCCUCCACCGUGCGUUUUGCAAGUGCCAGCCUCGUGCACCACGACACCACAGCCACCUUCUCAUCCCUCGUUUGCCACACGCUUGCAGGUGGGUGCAGGCGCUUCAUCCCAACCAAAGUGCCGGCAGCUAUCCAUGCAACGCUCACACCUUCUUUCAUGCCAUACCUUCUUGCCAAUAAUGCCAGUGGAGAUAACGGUGCUGGCUUCAACUACUCGCUCUCCGAGCCCAAUCUGCUUCCAUUCUACAAGGAGCUUAUUGAAAACAAGAAACUGCGCAUGCUUGUUUACAACGGCGACACCGGUUUGUGGACAGCCGGCUUGAAUUCCCAGCACACAACAGACAGACACUCAUCGGGAAGACGGCGAAAGUGGCUACAAACCACCUGGCCACGGCAUGGUGCAAUGCCUUGUUUUAACCGUUACGCCAUGUGCAUAGAUCCUUCAAUCAAUUCAUUCAUGACCCAGGACCGUUACACCGAGUAUUUCGAUGCUCAAGGACUUGGUCUGACCGAGACAUGGCGGCCAUGGACCAUCGAUGGCAAGCAGAACAUGGGCGGUUACGUCUUCCGCUAUGGUGACAAUUGGCAAUUUGCCACCAUCCGUGGUUCUGGCCACAUGGUAUGUCACCACCACGUUCCAAUAUGCUCUUUGAGUGAGAUGCAUGCUGAUCUCGCACUCUCUUACGGCUGUGGCUGA